AUGAAAACUGUUGAACCAAACGGUGGAGCAUUUGGCGGCAAAUUCCCUUCCAGAUACAUCUUAUGCCUUCUAGGUUCAGUAGGGCUGGGCAUUAUCUAUGGCCUGAAAACAAAUUUUCAUGUGGCUAUAGUGAGUAUGGUCAACCAUACGGCUGUCGGUGGUAGCGAACAUGGAGACGAUGAGCAUAGCGAGGAUGGUCCAUUUGCAUGGUCGAAACUGAUCCAAGGCCUGCUACUGAGCUCCUACUUCUGGGGCUACAUGGUAGCUGAGCUACCCGGCGGACGAUUAGCUGAAACUUUAAGCGCCAAAUGGGUCAUGUUUGCCGCCAUAUUAUGCAACGUAAUUGCCGCCCUUUUGUCGCCCAUCAUGGCCAAAUUGCACUUUGGAGCUUUGCUCGUCCUGAGAAUUAUACAAGGUUUGGGUGGUGGAGUUACUUUUCCAGCUAUGCAUGUGCUGUUGGCCCACUGGGCUCCUCCAGGUGAAAGAGGUGUUAUGAGUUCUAUUGUGUAUUCUGGUACUGCCUUGGGGACUGUUAUAUUUAUGCUCGCGGCCGGAAUAAUCGGAGCCAAACUCAAUUGGGAGCUGAUUUUCUAUAUUGAGGGCGGCGCCAGUGCAAUCUGGCUCAUAUUCUGGAUCUUCUUGACCGCCGACACCCCGUCCAAACAAAAACUCAUCAGCCAAGAAGAACGAGAUUACAUUAUGACUCAGUUGCACCAAGGUGGUCCCAAAAAAGAGUUGAAAAUGCCUUGGAAAGCUUCAAUGCUAUCUCCAGCCUUUUUGGCCAUAUUAAUCGCCCAUACUUGCUCCAAUUGGGGUUGGUACAUGGUACUGGUAGAGCUUCCUUUAUACAUGAAAACGGUACUCAAAUUCAAACUAGCUGACAACUCGUUUUUAACUGCUCUACCAUUCCUCACCAUGUGGAUUUUUUCGAUGAUCUUCAGUAAGAUUAUGGAUACUUUGAGGAAUAAAGGCGUGAUUACAACUACUACUGCAAGAAAAAUAGCCACUGGAGUUGCCAGUGUUGUACCUUUGAUAUGUUUUGUUUGCUUGUGCUAUGUGGAAGAUCAAAAAAUCAGCGUAGCUCUAAUGACUUGUGCUGUAACAGCAAUAGGCGCUAUGUUUUGCGGGUUUUUGGCCAAUCACAUCGAUAUUGCACCCAACUUUGCCGGUACUUUAGUAGCUGUAACCAAUUGUAUUGCUACUAUACCUGGAAUUGCGGUACCGUUUGCUGUUAGUGCUUUAACAGAAAAAGAUCCAUCUAUAAGUUCUUGGAGGAUACUUUUCUGGAUAACAGUAGGCAUGUAUGUGGUUGAAGUGAUUGUUUUUACUAUAUUUGGGUCGGGAGAAGAACAACCGUGGAAUGAAGCUGGAGGAGAAGACGAAACGGCAACGGGCGAAGGACAACCUUUGAAAAGUGCACCAACUAAAGCUUAG